UAGACAGUAAACGAAAGUCUGCAUAGUGCCAACAUAUCUGGUAUGAACACUGCAACUUCGCUGACUAAGUUGAUUGGAAACAGUCCGGUGCCCCAUAAAGAGAUAUGGACAGAAUAGAGUUGCCUCCUCUGGGGCCUGCGGACCUGCCCCUGUCUUUGCUGGAGGUCGGAUGCUCCGGGAAAUUUGAACUCCUGACUCAUCCUCUCCCCUCUCACCAGCCCCUGCAUCCACUGACCACACUGCCACAUGGGCUGCCUCCAUUCAGCGUUGACUUACAGGCGGAGGUGGAGAAGCGUUUUCUGAGUGACCCGGCGUGGUUGCCCAUCCAUGACACUGAUGCUGCUUUCGAGAAGUUUAUCAAACUGACCAAGAGAGAGAAGCAUUUGGAUUCUCUUCUGCACUGUCCUCCCACCCCGCUACACUCUGGUCUAUCCGUGGUGAGAGAUCCAACCACAGGAAUGCUGCUGGACUUCACAGAGGUGCCUUUGGAGAACACAGGCCUGUCUGCCAAGAACUCACUGUCCCUGCAAAGGGCUCCAGGGCCACCCUCGGAGAGCCUGAGAGGGAGCAACACCAACUACCCCUUCCUGCCAGCUGCCAUGGAGGAACUGACUCUGGAACAGAUAAAGAAGAAGUCAGAGCUGGAAGAGGACAUUGACUUUGAGAAUGAUUUGCUAACAGUGCCUCCUGGAUUGAAAACAGGAAUGGACUUCAGUGUUAAAGAGGCCAAAACAACAACGAAAGGGGAAGUGAACUUGAUGUCCCUCCUGGCCACUUUUGAUGACAUCAUUGAUGCCGCUCCUGAUGCAGAGGAGAAGGAGGGAAAACCAGCAAGUGCUGAGACGCCAAAACUUCCCAGAACAAACAGUCUGGAAGACCUCGGAAUUAAGGAGGGUCCUGUUUCCUCUUCUCACCCUCCUGCCACCGCUGCUGGGAAGAAAGACGGAAAAAGUGAAGAGGAAGCCACAAAGAAGUGGGCCAUACCUGUGGACAUCACCUCACCAUGCGAGGACUUCUACAAACGUGUCCCUGAUCCAGCUUUCAAGUGGUCCUUUGAGCUGGACGUGUUUCAGAAGCAGGCCGUCCUCCGACUGGAGGCCCACGACUCUGUGUUUGUGGCGGCGCACACUUCAGCUGGCAAGACCGUGGUGGCAGAGUACGCUAUUGCGCUCUCCCAGAAACACAUGACCAGGACAAUCUACACCUCCCCCAUUAAGGCCCUGUCCAAUCAGAAGUUUCGGGACUUUAAGACCACGUUUGGGGAUGUGGGCCUGCUGACGGGAGACGUGCAGCUCAACCCCGAGGGCUCCUGCCUUAUCAUGACCACCGAGAUCCUCAGAUCAAUGCUUUACAAUGGUUCUGAAGUUAUUCGGGAUUUGGAGUGGGUGAUCUUUGACGAAGUUCAUUACAUUAAUGAUGCUGAGAGAGGUGUGGUGUGGGAGGAAGUCCUGAUCAUGUUGCCGGAGCAUGUAAGCAUUAUCCUGCUUAGUGCCACAGUUCCCAAUGCACUGGAGUUCAGUGAGUGGAUUGGACGCCUUAAGAAGAGGCACAUCUAUGUGAUCAGCACCAUGAAGCGACCUGUGCCUCUGGAGCACUACCUGUACACAGGAAACAGCACCAAGACUCAGAAAGAGCUCUUCCUCUUGAUUGAUGCUGCUGGAAACUACCUCACGAAAGGGUAUUACGCAGCUGUGGAUGCCAAGAAGGAGCGCACGAGCAAACACGCCCAGUCUUUUGGCACCAAGAACACGUCUCAGAACACCACACCCAAUCAGGACAAGGCUGUGUGGCUGACGCUGCUGAACUUCCUGUCUCAGCGGCAGCAGACGCCGGUGGUGGCGUUCACGUUCUCGCGGACGCGCUGCGACGACAACGCCCGCUCGCUGGGCACGCUGGACCUGACCAGCGCCACGGAGAAGAGCGAGAUCCACUCCUUCUUCCAGAAGAGCAUGAGUCGUCUGAGGGGGGGCGACCGACAGCUGCCUCAGAUCCUGUCGAUGAGGGACCUGCUGAAAAGGGGUAUUGGUGUUCAUCACAGCGGCAUCCUGCCAAUCCUGAAGGAGGUCAUUGAGAUGCUCUUCUCACGCGGGCUUGUAAAGGUUCUUUUUGCUACAGAGACCUUUGCCAUGGGGGUGAAUAUGCCGGCCAGGACAGUGGUUUUUGACUCCAUCCGCAAACACGAUGGCACCGGAUUUAGGAAUCUGCUGCCCGGUGAGUAUAUUCAGAUGGCUGGGCGUGCAGGUAGGAGAGGUCUGGACGCCACAGGCACGGUCAUCAUCCUUUGCAAGACCGGUGUUCACGACAUGGGAGAGCUCCACGUCAUGAUGCUGGGCAAGCCCACCGUGCUGCAGUCCCAGUUCCGCCUCACCUACACCAUGAUCCUCAACCUGCUGCGCGUGGAGGCGCUGCGGGUCACCGACAUGAUGAGGCGCAGCUUCUCCGAGAGUCACCGGGACACUCAGGCUCAGGAGAAGAGGAUCACUCAGCUGAAGAAGAUUCUGUCCACUCUCCCUCCGAUGGACACAGAGGGUCAGCUGUCUGACCUGGUCUCCUACUACCACACCAUCACUGAGCUACGCAUCACCAGUCAGGCUCUACAGCAAGCGGUGAUGGACUCCAUGUCUGGGCUGAAAGCUCUCUCUGUGGGCCGCGUGGUCCUCAUCAGCAACUCCCAGCACCACAACGCCCUCGGCGUCAUCCUACAGGUGUCUAAUGAUGCAGUCAAUCGCACCUUCACCACCCUCAUCAUCUGCGAGAAGGGCAACGAGGAGCCUGGAGGAGACGCUCAGAACAACAGCAGCCUGACUCACCUCUACAGCACAACACUCUUCACUCCAGAGGGCCCCUGCAGUCAUACAGUGCAGAAGCUCAAGUCUCAGGACAUCUCCGCCAUCACAGUCAAGGCCCUCAAGGUGAUCCCUGAGCGGAUCAUUGACAACUACUACAAAAGGCAGCAGCCACGCUUCAGAAUGGACCCUCCAGGUCAGGCGAUAUCGACAGCAACGCAAGAACUGCUGCGAUUGGCCGAGUCCAACCCCAACGGCAUCGCGACCCUUGACCCUGUGAAUGACCUGCACCUGAAGGGCGUGGAGGUGGUGGAGGGGGUGAUGAGGCAGCGUGUGCUGGUGGACUGCCUCAAGGACUUCAAGUGCAUCCACUCACCCACCUUCUCCGAGCAGUUUACACGUGUCCAGGAGAGGAUGCAGGUUCAGGAGGAGAUGGAUAAACUGUUGUUCCUUGUGUCGGAUCAGUCUCUCUCCCUUCUGCCAGAGUACUACCAGAGAAUUAAGGUCCUUGAGGCGCUGCAGUACAUCGAUACGAGCGGGGCGGUGCAGCUGAAGGGCCGCGUGGCGUGUCAGAUCUCCAGCCACGAGCUGCUGCUCACCGAGCUGCUGUUUGAGAACACCCUCAGCCCCCUCGCCCCCGAGGAGAGCGCCGCCCUGCUGUCCUGCCUCAUCUUCACACAGAACACACAGGUGGAGCCCCACCUCACCAACACACUGCAGGAGGGCAUUGAGCGAGUGCUGAGUGUCGCUCAGAGAAUCGGCGAUCUGCAGCGGGAUUGUGGGAUAGCUCAGAGUGCUGAGGACUUUGUGUCUCAGUUCAAGUUUGGCCUGACUGAGGUGGUGUACUGCUGGGCCAGAGGCAUGCCGUUUGCGGAGAUUGCUCAGCUGACGGAUGUGCAAGAGGGCACGGUGGUGCGGUGCAUCCAGCGGCUGGACGAGGUGCUGAAGGAGGUGCGGCAGGCCGCCAGGAUCGUGGGAGACUCUGUACUGGGCAGCAAGAUGGAGAGAGCCUCGCUCGCCAUACGCAGGGACAUUGUGUUCACAGCCUCUCUGUACACUCACUGAGACUAGCUGUGUGUGUGUGUGUGUGGUGUAGUUGAAAGACUUGAGAGGUGAGAAGAGGCUGCCUUGCCAUCUGAAUGAGGACCUUACCUUCACUGCUGAGAAAGUGAGAGAGUGAAAGAGAGUUUGUGUGAGUGAAAGGAAUGAAUGCACAGCUGGGUCUGACCAAAUGGCUCAGUCUAUGAACUGCAAUGGAACACUAUGUGCUUUAUUGUAAUUUAAUGUACAGUUAUUAAAUGGGCUGCAUGUAAUGCAA